AGUUAUUAUUUUACUUUUAUUAAUAUUAUGUAUCCUGUAUAUAUGGUGUGAAUGUGUUAAUAUCUCACUAUUAUUAUUGUCCACGUAACAGUUUAUUUUAUUUCUAAAUUUAAAAAAAAAAAGAAAAAAGAUUUCACUGAUUUCAUAUGUUUAUAUUUCAAUUGGCUUUAAAAACUGAUUAGAAAAAAAGAAACAAUGAAUUUAAUAAAAUAAUAAUGAUAUAUUUUUGUAUAAACUAUUAAAAUACAUUGAUAUAAUUUUUUUUUUGUUUUCUUUUUCAUAUGCCUGAGUCAUUGGUCCUUCAGCCAUUCGACAUCUUGCUGCCCAGUAUAAAUUAGAUUUUCUCAUGUAUUGAUUUAAAAAUGUCUUUUUCUUAUGUCCAUCAAGGCAGGAUAUGUGUCUAGGUGGUCUGCAUCCAUUCUUUCUUGACAUAAUUUACACCAAGGAUUCUCAGCCAUGCCUGUUCUAUGGAGAUGAAUCUGCAGAUAGUCGUGGCCAGUUGCCAGGUGGAAGCAGUCUACUGCAUCUCUUCUCGGUAGUUCAGCUGGGAUCAGCCAUUAAAUAUGAUCCUUGAUGAUGGAGGAGAUUUGACCAAUUUAGUGCAUACAAAAUAUCCACAUCUUUUAUCCGGUAUCAAAGGAUUAAGUGAAGAAACAACUACAGGAGUCCAUAACUUGUAUCGGAUGCAUAAAGAAGGAAAACUCAAAGUUCCUGCUAUUAAUGUUAAUGAUUCAGUAACUAAGAGCAAAUUUGACAAUUUAUAUGGAUGUCGAGAAUCAUUGGUAGAUGGAAUCAAACGUGCCACAGACAUAAUGUUAGCAGGCAAGGUCAGUGUUGUCGCAGGUUAUGGUGAUGUGGGAAAAGGCUGUGCUCAGUCAUUGAGGUCAUUCGGAAGCAGAGUUCUGGUUACUGAAAUUGACCCGAUAAAUGCUCUUCAAGCUGCAAUGGAAGGAUAUGAGGUGACAACAAUGGAAGAAGCUUGCAAAAUCGGUCAGGUAUUUGUCACAACUACGGGUUGUAAAGACAUUAUCACUCAAAAGCAUUUCCUUCAGAUGAGAGAUGAUGCUAUUGUAUGUAAUAUUGGCCACUUUGAUAUUGAAAUUCAAGUUGAAUGGUUGGAAAAACAUGCUGUUGAAAAAGUGAAUAUAAAACCACAGGUUGACAGGUAUACCCUUCAGAAUGGAAAACAUAUCAUAGUAUUAGCUGAAGGUCGGCUAGUAAAUCUUGGUUGUGCUACUGGACAUCCGUCUUUUGUAAUGAGCAAUUCAUUUACAAAUCAAGUAUUAGCACAAAUCGAACUUUGGACAAAAAAUGAACAAUAUCCUGUUGGCAUCUAUAUACUACCUAAAAAGCUUGAUGAGGAGGUAGCUGCUUUACACUUAGACCAUCUUGGUGUUAAACUAACGAAGCUCACGCCCGAUCAAUCUGAAUAUUUGGAUAUUCCAAUUGAGGGACCUUAUAAACCAGACUACUAUCGUUAUUAAUUCUUAAUAAUUAUAAAAUAUUAGGUAUUGAUGAAUUGAAGGUUUCACACCUUUGAGAAAAAACAAAUAAACAAUUGUUAUAAAUAAUUUUACUCAAACAAUAUCUAAUCUUUGUCUAUUUUUUUGUUUUUUCCAUUUCCUUCAUUCAAAUAAUCUUUACUAAUCUUAAAAUAAUAAUAAAUAACCUUUCAAUGGAUAAUUUUAAAAUCAAGCUGGAACAAAAUAUCUUCCUCACAAUGGUUGUCAAACAAUAGAAAUCUUUUAUUUUUUGUUUUGAUAUUUUCUAUUUUUAGCAACCUUUUUAUUAUCCUAAACAUAAAUUAAAACAUUUUUAGAUUAU